UGUGUCAGAGGGGUGGGCUCUGGUGCAUUAUAUAAAUACAGGGUCCUGGUGAAGGUAUAUGUAUUAAAGGCAAGAGAAACGUCUCUACACUGUGUUGUGCAAAUUUACUGCAUUACUGCAACAAGAAUUUUGGCUGGAGGAAUACGCAAAUCUGACAAUGACCAGUCACAAAGCUGUAUUUCGAGGUGUGAACCUGCAGUGCAAAGUGAAUAACCAUGCCCAUCACACAGAAGAAGUAGGCACAGAUCGGCUGGUUGUGCGUCGAGGACAGCCCUUUUCUAUAAUCCUUCAUUGUACAAAUUCUCCUCCACUGCCUCCGGACCACCAGCUCACACUGGUCCUCAACCUGGGUGCACAACGGGAGGUGGUUGUGAGGGUGUCAGGUUCGAAUGCAGCUCAAGAUAAAUGGUGGUUCAGUGAGCAGGUUGCUCAGAGUGAGGUACUACUGAGGGUUUUCAGCCCUGCGGAUGCCCCUGUGGGUCAGUACAGCGUUACUGUUCUCUUGCUGUCUUCUGAGGGACACAUCAUAGAGCAGAGCACCCCUUAUUCCUUUUUUCUGCUCUUCAACCCCUGGUGUAAAGCCGACCCUGUGUAUUUGCCUGAUGAAGAGCUGUUGCAGGAGUACAUCCUAAAUGAGAAUGGAAUCCUGUACCAGGGCUCAUGGGACCAAAUCACCACUCUACCUUGGAUCUUUGGACAGUUUGAAGACAAAGUGAUGGACAUCUGCUUUGAGGUACUGGAUAACUCCCCUGCUGCCUUAAAGAACUCUGAGAUGGACAUCACUAAAAGAGCAGACCCUGUUUAUGUUAGUAGGACAAUUACUGCAAUGGUAAAUUCAAAUGAUGACCGUGGAGUGAUAUUUGGGCGCUGGGAUGGUAAGUACAGCGACGGCGUGGCUCCUACACGGUGGACUGGCAGUGUUCCCAUCCUGAGACGCUGGAGUAAGGGAGGGGCUCAGCAAGUGCGUUAUGGCCAGUGUUGGGUUUUCUCCGCUGUAGCCUGCACAAUUCUUCGCUGUUUGGGCAUUCCAACCCGAUGUAUCACAAACUUUACCUCAGCCCAUGACACUGAUGGUAACAUCAAUGUGGACUGUCUGUUUAAUGAGAAGCUGGAGAGUAUGGAGAGCGAUGACAUGAUCUGGAAUUUCCAUUGUUGGGUGGAGUCUUGGAUGAGCAGAGAGGAUCUCCCAAAAGGUUAUGAUGGAUGGCAAGUACUUGAUCCAACCCCACAGGAAAGAAGUGAAGGAGUAUACUGUUGUGGGCCAUGCCCAGUGAAGGCAGUGAGAGAGGGUGAGGUGGGGAUAAAAUAUGAUACACCGUUUAUCUUCUCGGAGGUGAAUGCAGACAUGGUCUACUGGAUUGUUCAUCCAGAUGGAAAAAGAACACGAAUGUCAGUGAACCACACAAACGUGGGAAGAAACAUCAGCACUAAAAGUGUGUAUGGAGAUUACAGGGAAGACAUCACUGCAAACUACAAAUACCCUGAAGGCUCCAAAAUGGAGAGAAAGGUCUACAAAAAAGCUGGGAAACAAGUAACAAAAAAAAAUGAACAGCCUGAUAAACUGGAGCUGUCUAUCAAGCAUGCCAAGGCCAUUCAUGGAACAGACUUUGAUGUAAUUGUGGAGGUUCAUAAUCCUGGAGAAGAAGACGUGCCUGCUCAGCUCACAGUCACAUCUAAUGCUGUCACAUAUAACAGUCUCCAUCGAGGAGAGUGCCAGAGGAAGACUGCCGAACUCGUAGUGCCAGCGCAAAAAGCUCAUAAAGAAGUGAUGAGGCUUCACUACGAGCAUUAUGGAGCAUGUGUAUCAGAGCAUCACCUGAUCAGAGUCACAGCACUCCUCCAAACCAGCAGCGACCAAAUCUUACAAGAGGUCAACAUCCCCUUAAAAAUGCCCAAGCUCCAUAUCAAGAUAACUGGAGAAGCAAUGGUAUCACGUAAGCUGACAGCAGUCAUCUCCUUCACGAACCCUCUGCCUAUCACUUUGACAGGAGGGGUGUUUACAGUGGAGGGGGCGGGGCUAACAGGAGCACAGGAGAUCCAGGCUCCUGGCAAUAUAGGACCUGGCCAGGAUGUUGUAGUGAAAAUCUCCUUUAAACCCAUUCGAACCGGCCUGAGAAAGCUGCUGGUUGACUUUGACUCUGAUAGACUGAAAGACGUCAAGGGUCAAGCCACUAUAAUUGUCCAGAAGAAAAAAUUUACCAAUGCUUAAACAACUCAGACUCAAGUCUGAACAAUUCAAAUGAGGCAUGAAAUCAGAAGCUUAUUGUAGCUACAAUAGUACAUGUUGACUACUUAAUAUAUCUGUAUUUUGUCACUUAAGCAUGUCUAUAUGACUUAAGCAUACCUUGGCUUUGUAGCUUGUAUAAUUGUUGCUAAAAAAGGAAUAAGCAGAAAAAGUCUAUUUGUGUUUCUAAUAUUACUCAAAAACCAUUCUCUCUCUCUCGAAAUGAUUGAUAAAACCCUGGGCAUCUGUUUUGAAAUCUAGAAAUCUGUUUAAUUAAGUCUAUGAGCUCUGCUACUUACUGCACCAUAACAAUGUACAGAUUAACACUGCAGACUGAGCAGAGCAUAACCUUUUUAUUUCUUUAUGAUUGUGUGAAAUGAUUUAAAUCUCUUGUUUCUGAAUAAUUUUAUAUAAAACACUUGCACUUUGA